CAAGUGCGAGAUUUGUUCUAUGCAGUUUUCUCAGAAUGGUCAUUUGAAACGCCAUUUGAAAGUACAUACUAGGAAAGAUCUUAACGAGAACACGUCGGAACAUCAUUAACGAGAACACGUCAAGAUAAUAAUAUAAGUGAACCGGUUAUUCCCAAGAGGAGAGCAAAUUGGACAUUAUGGAGACACUACCUAAACAUUCACCUGAUAGAGAAAAUUGCAUGAGUCGACAAGAUGAAGGAAAAGCAUUAGACCAAAAUAUGAAAGGUGCGAAUAGACAAAGACCUUACGAAUGUGAGAUUUGUUUUAAGCAGUUUAAUCAUUCAAGUCAUUUGAAAAGUCAUUCGAAAGUACACACUGGAGAAAAGCCAUACAGGUGUGAAACUUGCUUAAAACAGUUUGGUACUACAAGUGCUUUGAAAACACAUUUGAGAGUGCACACUGGGGAAAAACCGUACAAGUGUGAGAUUUGUUUUAAGCAGUUUAACCAUUCAAGUCAUUUGAAAAGACAUUCGAGAGUACACACUGGAGAAACCCCUUACAAGUGUGAGAUUUGUUGUAGGCAGUUUUCUCAAUCGGGUAUUUUAAAAAGUCAUUUGCUAAUACAUACUGGAGAAAAACCUUAUAAGUGUGAAAUUUGUUUUAAGCAGUUUGCUCAUAAAUAUCAAUUAACUGUUCACAUGACAGUUCACACAAGAGAAAAACAUCAUAAGUGUGAAAUUUGUUUUAAGCAAUUUAGUCAAGCAAGUAAUUUAAAACAACAUUUGAGAGUGCACACUGGGGAAAAACCAUAUAAGUGUGAAAUUUGUUGUGAGCAUUUCAAUAAAGCAAGUACUUUAAAAGAACAUUUAAGAAUACACAGCGGAGAAAAACCAUAUAAGUGUGAAACUUGCUUAAAACAAUUUCGUACUGCAAGGGAUUUGAAAAUACAUUUGAGAGUGCACACUGGAGAUAAACCAUACAAGUGCGAGAUUUGUUUUAAACGUUUUAACCAAGCAAGUAGUUUAAAAACACAUUUGAGAAUGCAUAGUAGAGAAAACCAUACAAGUGAGAAACUUGCUUAAAACAGUUUUCUACCAAAAGUGAAUUGAAAAGGCAUUUGAGAAAUCACAUUGAAGAAAAACUGUGAAAUUUGUUUUAAAUAGUUUAUGGUCUUUUUUAAAAUGUGCUUGAUAUGUUGAUUUCAAACCAUACACCCCCCCCCCCCACAUAAAGCAAUGAACUUUAAAAAAAAUGGUUAGUUGUUAAUGAUGUUGCUGAGAGAGGUGUAAAACUGAUAUGACAUUUGCUAUGAAAGUGUUUUAGCGAUUUCAGAAACAACAACUUUGUUUAAUCUUCGAACAAACUUUUACUAAUGUAGUUACUAUUUUCCAUUUAAUUCUAUUAACAGCUUUGUGUAAUCCUUUAUAUUCAAAUGUAUUAAUUAGUUAGAAAAAUGAGUUUUUUAAGUAGAAUAGUUUUCUUAAGUUAGGUACUGAAGAUAUCUUGAGAAAGACCAAUAUACGUGAAAAAUGAGUAAUAUUUAUAUUUUAAUUCACAUAUUAAACUUGUUAUCAUAGUCAAAUCUUACAUAUGGGUUUACAUAGCCCAUAUGUAAAAUAAAAGUUAAAACUGA